GAAUACAGCACUCAGUUUACGUUCAGAGAGCAGUGGGUCGAUCAACGACUGGCGUUCGAUUCGAUGAGAGGUCCUGGCAUCGAGAUUCCAACUUUCUUAAUUUUGACGCCAAGUGAUCAAAGUCAGCAGAUCUGGAUGCCGGAUACAUUUUUUCAGAAUGAAAAGGAAGCACGAAAGCACAUGAUUGACAAGCCGAAUAUUAUGAUCAGGAUCUAUGCAGACGGCAAUAUUUUAUACAGCGUCAGGUAAUA